AUGGACAGGAAACUGAACUUGAACCGAGCUGAGACCUUCUCCUUCGUCAACCCCUGGAUCAGAUAUUUUCUCUUCUUCUUCAGCUUCUUGUUUUGGGUUUUCUCCUUGUUGAUUGUUGCAAUCGGGGUGUAUGCUAAAGUCCAGAAAGCUACAGACACGGUGCGGGACACGUUCCUCAUCGACCCGGCUGUCAUCCUAAUUGUGGUGGGGGUGGUCAUGUUCUUCAUCACUUUCUGUGGUUGCAUCGGAGCCCUCCGAGAGAACAUUCGCCUCCUCAAGACAUUCUCCUUCAGCCUGACACUGGUCUUCCUCACCCAGCUGGCCAUAGCGAUCCUGGGCUUCUUCUACUCCGAUCAGACUCGGGAUGCUUUGGGAAAGUUUGUAAAGAAAGCCAUUGUGCACUACAGAGAUGACCUGGAUCUGCAGAACCUGAUGGAUUACAUCCAGAAAGAGUUCAAGUGUUGUGGGUGGAACAACUACACAGACUGGUCUUGGAACCUUUACUUUAAUUGUACACAUGAGAACCCCAGCUCUGAGCGCUGUGCUGUGCCUUACUCCUGCUGCACUCCUGUUCCUGGAGAGGCCGUGAUCAACACUAUGUGCGGUUUUGGGGUUCAAACCCAGAACUACCUGGAGGCAAACAAGUCAAUCUACCCAGUAGGCUGCGCGGACAGAGCGGUCAUGUGGAUCGAGUCUCAUCUGUUGCUGGUGGGGGCUCUUGCCCUGGGUCUGGCCUUGCCUCAGAUCGCAGGCAUCGUGCUGUCCCAGAUGCUGAUCUCUCAGAUCCAAGACGAGAUUGCCUCAGUGUUGUGAGAGCGGGCCGGCACAGGGGAAGAGGAGGCAAGAAAAGCAUUUACAGCGCUCCGCUCAGCUCCUCUGACGUGCAAGGACAUCUUUUCUACCACUGCUGUAUCACUGCGACGUUUGAGUACAUUUCUUAUUCUUAAACGUGUUGUUCUUAUGGACAUAAAAGUGUGGUGCACUUUAUGGUGCUACUC